AGCGCCACUCAAUCCAAAUCAAUGCAUUGUCUCUAGCCACCCGUCUAAGUGCCUUGUGCCUAAAACCUCGAUGCGUCUGUCCGUUGCUGCUAAACCCUUCAAAGGCUAUCCAUGGGCUGCCCAGGACUCUGACGAGAUGAUGAAUAUCAAGAACUAAAUUUGUGGUAAAGAUUUAAGAAAACCAUUUUUGCUGCUUCUUUGUGACUGUGUAUCAGUCCAAGAUUAAUAGGAGCGCUUAAUAUAAAAAGAUUUGAGCUUCAAAUUUUUGAAUAAAUUUUACUGCGUACUUCUAUGCUGAUUCUUUAGCUGCAUUCCAAUUUUCCCAAAGGAUGUGCAGCCAAUAACUUGAGUCUGUUGACAUGCAAUCUAGAGUUGGUUCUUUAGUUAAGCUCCGAAAUUUAUUGACAGCCUCUCGAAAUUUUUUAUCUUUUCCCAAAACUCUGAUCUCAACAACUUCUCUACUUUUCCCGCCCGCCACCUAUUCGACCAUUUGCCAAGCCCAGGAAGAAAGUGUAGGAGAAUAUGUUAGAGACCAACCCAAGAGCUCUGAAGAAAUUCUUAAGAACUGGGGUUGUAGUGAUACUGACAUAUCCAAGAUGUUCACACGGCGGCCUGCUUUGCGGAAUGCUGACCUUGAUCAGCUUCAGUUCAAACUAAACAUUCUAAGUGGCUUGGGCAUUAGUGCAUCUGAGCUUGUGAAGAUCAUCAAUUGUCGGCCCCGGUUUCUCAGUUAUCGAAUUAAUCAUUGUUUUGAUGAGCGGCUUGAGUACUUUAUGAGAUUGUUUGAGUCGAGGGAAGUUCUUGUCAAAGCCAUUGUAAAGAACCCAUCUCUAUUGACCUAUGACUUUCACGAUAAAAUCAAGCCUGCCAUCGCACUAUACGAAGGAAUGGGUCUUAGCACGAGUGACUUGACCCAAAUUCUUCUAUCACGGCCCACAUUGAUCCCAAGAACUUCAUUUAAUGAUGAAAAGAUGGAAUAUAUACGAAAAACCAGGCUUUCGAAUCAUUCAACCAUGUAUAAGUAUGUUGUCGCAAUCAUUGGCAUUUCACGCCUUGAAACUAUCCGUCAGAAAGUUGCAAAUUUGGAGAAGUUUGGUUUCUCAGAAGAUGAGAUUUUUGGUCUUUUGGCAAGGUCUCCCCUUGUGCUUACACUGUCAAUUGAUAAGGUUCAGAGGAACAUGACUUUCAUUAUAGGAAAAAUGAAACUUCCCGCCCCAGUGAUUCUUGAGUAUCCCUUUUUUCUGUACACAAAUCUGGAGGCUGUUUUAAAGCCACGAGUAUUUCUUGCAGAGAAGAUGCAGGAAAUGGGUCUUGACUUGCAGAUUAAAGGCCCUGUGAUGCUGACAGCACUGAGGAUGACAGAGAAGAGGUUUCUGAAGGCAUUUGUUAAUUGUCACCCAAAGGAUGUUGCUGAUGAAUUGAUGGAAUUUUAUAUAAAUGCAAAGGGUGUGAAGCGAUUGGCAGAAGACUACUCCAAGAAGAACUUCCAGCAAGGAUUUCCUUUCUAAAUAUCUUUUGCUAUCAGGUUUUUAUCUUUUGUACCUGCAAGAUGUGUCAGUUUACCUGUGGAUAUCAUUAUGUUACAUUAUGGAGCAUUCUGCUUAUAGUGGCAUUGUCAUACUCUGAAAUCCUUUAUAUUGUUUGGGGUUCAAUUAAUUUUCUAUGAUUCAUGGUCUCUCUCUGACUCAUAUUUGCUCAAUAAGCUAAUUACAUUAGUGUUCAAGUUACAUGUCCUUUGAUUUGUUAGAAAUUCCCUUUUUUAUACACUAUCAAUCUUUUGGAUUGUUUAGGGCCAUAAUUGUUGGCCCUACAUUGUUGGAUGCAGAAUUUUUCUUGAGCGACCCAAUGAAACCCUUGUAUGUGCAGUAGAGAGAAAAUAGUAGAGAAAAAAUGUUCGUAGUAAAAGAAUCAUUGAGUCUUAGAUGAUGUAGUUUGAGCAUCAAUCACGUUUUCAUAAAUAUCAGUUGGUACCACAGUAUCAUCGGUUGGACACUGACCCUAAUUCCGGGCAUUCGACUUUCUUUUUAAUUCUAAUGUAUAUGAUUUGUUCUCUAUGUGAGUUUCUAUUUUUUGUUUUCCUGACUUCCCGUUGGAUCUGAUGGAGAACUCAUGUCGCACUCAAAAAUUCAGUAGGCACAUAAAUCAUCUGGAAUGCUUAUCUUAAUGCAUCCUUGUAGAAGUAAUUUCUGGCAUUUGAGGGACCUUUAUUGGCGUAGUUUUAUGAAAUGAGUCUCACAUUCCCACAUUGCGACGAGCAGUUUUUCUUUAAAGCAAAGUGCUUUUUCUAUUUUAGUUUGUUUAGAUAUUUGUAUGAAAUCGCAGGAAAUUCAGAUUCGUAGUUCCUUGGACAUCAUACUUCUAGUCUUGAGGGUCUUGAUUAAGAUGAAUCAUGGGACUAUAAACAAGGUUCCCUCUCUUCUUUCUCAACUCAACAAGUUGUUUCUGGUUUCGUGUGUCAAAAAGAAGAUCCUAGAGUUGAUUCAGUGCUUGCUGAUUGAUACUGGAACUCAUAAACUUAGUUCUUGCUGAUUUAUACUGUAAUGUAAUGAGUAAAUUUGUUCCUACUGAACUAUAACGUAUUGAUUUUUUUGUUGU